GGCGACAUCCCCGUGGCUGGCGAGACGGUGUGGUUGUAGGCAAUCUACGGGUGGGCAAGAUGGAGAUCCCACUGCUGGUCGUCACGAACAAUCUUUCGGAGGAUAUCUCCGAGAGUCCUGUUCGUGAUCUCGGUCUGACCAUCAAUCUGUGGAUGGUAAGACAAGGAGAAGCGGAGCUGAGUGCCAUAUACUCGUGGAGUCGUUGCCAGAAUCGGCUGGUAAAGCGCGGGUCACGGUCAGAUAUGAUACUUAGAGUUGUCCCCGAGGGAGUAGAUCAGGACGGUCUUGCCACUCCGAAGGGUCGCGUGGAUGUUGCGAUAGUCGGGGAAGUGGCGGUACUGAGUGUGAAACUCGUCGAUCACCGAGUGGUGGACGGUGGUGACCGAGAUGGAAGAGAGCUGGAUCUGCUCCUGGUCGUGGCAGGGCGCCGGGAUAAGGCAUCUGCGACCCGAUUAGUCUCACCCUUUUUGUGCUUAGUGGUGAAACUAAACUCGGAUAGAGACGAAGAGUUUCAUCCGCUUUGCGAGCAAAGAGGACGGGUGCACCCCACGAGGAGGUUUAAUGAAACCCAGUCACAGGAGCUCCUCAAGCUGACGCUUGAGUUCGGUGGCCUCGGGGAUCGAGAGUCUGUAGGGUGCCUGGUGGUGAACACGGUAGUCAGGCACAAGCUGAAUGGAGUGCUCGACGUCACGCAUCGGUGGGAUGCCGGCACACGAGAACGACGAUGGGAAAACGUCGUGGUACUCUCGGAUGAGGUCAUAAACUGCGGGCUCAAGGUCAGCCAUAUAUCGUGCGAGUUCCUCAGCGUCAGCGUCAGCGCGCGACAGCGGAGUGGACUCGACGGACGGCGGAGGGACGGAAGUAGAAAUGAGAGUCAUGGAGAUAGGAGGAUUUGGCUCCAGAGGGAUGAGCUCGGCGUCGGGACAGGGUGGAUCAUAGUUUUCAGUGCGGAGAAAGAAGAGUGCAUUCGUGCAUUUGAGGACGAGAGUGCGGCAGAGAAGGGCAGGGGGUGGAUGCAUCAGGAGGGGAGCAGUGUGAUGACCUACACGCACAGGGAUUGGACUGUUGUUCAAUUCAUGUUGUUGAUCGGUAAGAGAAGUGUAAGGGUGGGUACAGAAGAAUACACGCUGAUUUUCAAGCGAUGGAAAGCGAAAGAAGAAGAGGAAUAUGUGAGGGAUCUGGAGAACAGCGGGAGGAUGUGGGUGAUGGCGAUACGUGUGCCGAUCCCUGCUGCUUCCUCCGUAAAGAGCCGACUGGAGUGUGCUGUCGGGGGCGAGAUUCUGCGGACCUACCCGCCCGAAAAGAACCGGGAUCAGCGCGGCCGCCUCAUCAAUCUGCGGUUCGAUGUCCCGAUCAGCAGUCGGGAUCGCAUCCCGAACCGGUUGGAGAUUGAAUUUGAACAAACUGAUGCGGCGGGAGAAAGAUUUUUUGAAGUGCCUGUCAUCUCUCAGUUCACCGAAUGGUGCUACGCAUGUCGAGAUUACGGCCAUUCCUCUCAAAGUGACCAAUGUCCAAUUAACAGCCUUCACAGAUCAAUCAACGGCAACAACAAGAACAACAAUGACGAUGCCGACAAGAACAAGAACAAGAACAAGAACAGCAAGAGCGAUACCGAUGACGGUGACGUCAACAAGAACAAUAACGAUAACGAUACUGAUGACGGAGACACCAACAGCACCAACACCAGCAACACCAACAACAACGACAACGAUAAUGCCGAGGGUGAGGAUAUCAACAGAAGGGUCCGGAUCCCCAUCGGCGUUGAGAUUCAUCCGGAUACCCAUCGGGAACAGAAGAUUCAGAAGAAGGACAGCAAUCGUUCAGGACACACCGUCGGCGUUGAGAUUCAUCCGGAUACCGAUCGGAAGCAGAAGGGUCCGGAUAGGGAUCGGGAACAGAAGGGUUGUGAAGGCGAAGACGGCAAUGCAGUUACAUCGGGGGGCGUGCCGCGUGGGCAGUCCCACUGUCAGAGCGGGACGAGCAAUCCCGACUGGACCAAGUCGGGAUCGCCGAAUUCACCGGGUUCGGCAGGCGGGGAAGGAGACGAAGUUCAGCGAUUUGAACGGGCAGUUCUUGUCGACGAUGUCAAAGCCGUCGCCGGCGGCGGCGGCAAAGAUGCAAGAAAUGCUGCAGUGGACAAGCCGGACAAUCCUCUUCUUCCUAGUCAUCAGGGUUCUAUAAUUAGUCUGUCCGGGGUGAGCGGCGACCGGAUUCAAUUUGGGCCAGUAGAAGAAGAAGAUGUUGGGCAGCAGGACUCAGCACCAACAACAACAACACCUGAGGUCACAGCAGAAGACGACCACGGGACUCAUCGCGAGCCGCAGACGCGUGAUGACGAGGCAUGCAGUUCACGACAGCCUGGUGGACGGUGGGAAUCGUCGGGAUCUGGGACCAUGGGACCACCACCAACGCCAACACCAAAUCUGAUUGACGAGGUUCGGCUCGGCCUAGGCUUGGUAAGGCAAAUGCUGACGCAAACGAAAUUAGAAACGCCAACGGAUUUUGGGCUGGUUGGAUAUCUGGAUGAUGUGAGCUUGUUGCGUAGAUGAGUUUUUUUUUUUUUUUUUUUUUUUUUUUUUUUUUUUUUGGUAGAGUUCUGGUUCUGUUUGAAAAUG